AUGCAACACUCCAAGGGUCCUAUGGCAUUGGCCAUUGUGAUUAGUAACGAUCUCAGAAAUACUAAUGAAGGCAUUAAAAGUGAAACACUGACUGUAGCCGACGAAAUUCGAAAGUAUGUACCAAAUGUACCAAUUUGCAUUGUUGCUCAAUCGGAUAAUCGAGAGAAGACGUAA